UUGAUCCGCACAAGUGGAAUUGAAAUUGUCCCUUUCUUUUCCUCUACAAGAACAAAUAUUUUCCCGUCACGAGCCAGGGAAAAUAAUCAUCUGCCGUCUUAUCCAACCAACUUUGCCUCCGACUUUCAAACCCCGACGACGGCACAGUCCUACCUUCGACUUUAUAAGAAAGCACCCCCUCCCGUAUCUCAUGGAUUGUAUGCUGAAAACGACCUACUCAUUCGAAAAGUCAGCAACUGCCAUUAACAACUACAACAACCAUUCACCUCCCAUACACCGACCGGAAAAGUAAUAGUCUUGCGCGGCAAGCGAUCGAAAUUACAAACCACGACGACUACCUCAACCAAGAAUCCCAUAUCUCUUGCCGAACAGACGCUUCAUCCAGCACACACCCAACAACAUGCACGAUUUACGCAAGAAAGCCCUUUUGGAAAGUGGCAAAACCGUUUCUCGAAAGGCUAGAGCGCGGCCCGACGCCCCACGCUCUGGCGGCACUCUCUCUCCCGGUAAUGGCUCUCCCGCAAGCUCGCGGCCCGGCUCGCGGCCCGGCUCACGGGCACCCUCAACAGCGGGAUCCCGAGCUGGAAGUCGUGUCCCCUCCGAGGAUGAAGCAAGUGAAUACGACUUCGAUGACGCCAUGACUAUCAGCAGCGCCAACUCGGUAACCGGCGAGGAUGUUUACGAGGACGAUACAAGCAAUACGUGGCCGGAGAGGUUGCAAGACCGUAUUGCCGAACUUCAGGAUCGCAAGAGAAGCAGCGUUCAGGGCCGCGAGGCUACACUGAAGGCAUAUACACACAUUCUGAAGCACCACUUUGCACAAAAGCACAUUGGGAAGAACAUUUCCGACAUCCACGCGGCCCUCCUCCGCAGCAUCAGAAGCGGAAGCAGCGAUCAGGAACGCCUGCUCGCUCUCCAAGCACUUGCAGUCACCAUCCUUAACUGCCCCUCGGACGCGAUAUUCGAUCACGUCUGGUCCGCACUCAAGGUAGCCUGUGAGGACAGCGAGGAAGACAAGAUCAAGGUCGAGGCUAUCAACGCCAUCAGUAUCGCCGUGUCACUUGGGGGCGGUUCAUCCAGCGCCGCCGAAGAAGUUCUUGACUUCCUACUCGAAAUCAUCGAAAGCGACGGCCAGAGUGUGGGUGCUCCCGACAACGGCAACGUCGUAGCAGCAGCUCUCCAAGCCUGGGGGUUUGUGGCCAGCUACAUGGACGACUUGAGCGUACAGCGCGACCAAGCCAUGGAGGCCUUCAUGGAGCAACUGGACAGCACAGACAGUGACGUGCAAAUUGGUGCCGGCGUCAACAUUGCUCUGCUGUUUGAAGCUGCCCGCGACGACGAAGAAGAAACGGGCGAGAGCUCCGACUUGCAGUACAACCAGCACAGAAUCAUGACCCGCAUGGCGGAGAUUGUCCGUGACUCUUCCAAGGCGGUCUCAAAGUUGGACCGUAAACAGCUAAAGGCCAACUUCCAAAGCAUCAUCACCUCUUUGGAACGUGGCCUGGGUCCGGGAUAUUCGACUGCUGGUCGCAGUUCGGCGAAUCCCCACACGGGAGGCUCCAGGAUGGAGUCAGGUGCCGGAGGCGAGGACGGCUUUGUCGAAUUUGGAUAUCGUGAGAAGCUACGCAUUCACAACCAGAUUCUGAUUAUUGAUACGUGGUCAACACACGCUAGGAUGGAGACCUUAAAGACGAUCCUUGGUGGCGGUUUGGCGACGCAAUAUAUUGAGAACCCUGCGGUUAGGGAGGUUCUGGAGGGUGCGGAUGUGGAGUUUAUAGUCAGGACUAACAGGAAGAGGUAGAGGUAGCUUACGACUGAAGGAUACCAGGAUGAGUGAGGAAAUUGAAACGAUCGUGUUGGUAUAACGAUAGACGACAGCGUUAGGUGGCAUUGUUAUUGGAUUCCUUUUUGCACGCAUUCCUAGUUUUCAACAGGAUUUUUUUUUCUUCUGGCAUCUUAGAUUAAGGUCUUUCCGCGAGGCUUUCUUAGUUGGCCUUCCU